AUGUAUGCAACGCAAAUACCCAUCGCUGCAGUUCCAGCGCCAAGAAGCCGAAAUGCUGUAUGGCCUCUUCUUGCUAUAUGCUGUUUGGCCUUAGUGGGUAUUGUGGUAGCAGCUAUAAUUAUUCUGGCUUUAAUACCAGUUUACUUACCAAAACGAGGUGAAAAUAUUAAUGGACGAGAAUCACCAGCGAUUGUUAUUGAAUACAGUAUACCAGCUGACAGCAAUUCCGUAUUCACUGGAAUGUUCCCAUCAUCAAACAAUGACCCUGUGGCCAGACAGUUAGAAAAACAAUUAGGAUUAGCUAAUGGUUCACUUACGGUCAAAAGCAUCACCAGUGUUGGCAAUGUAGAUCGACGAAAGCGCUUUCUACUCUCCAAAAGACAGAUUGGUUUCACAAAUCGAUUGAGCAUGGAUUGCGUACAACAUUUCCCUCCAACAUGCACAUCCUUUGAAUGUCGUGAUGAAGCACAGAAAAAUUUUCAACAAAUAGUGACGACUAUAAUACAGAUAUCAAUUACAUUAAUACUACCUAACGGUACAACAAUAACGGUUAGAUUAACAUUUCUUGCAAUAUCAUUUGGAGGACAUUCCACUACUGGUCCUGGAGGAGGAACGGGGGCUACUACAGGGGCGAGCACUGUAACAAAUAGUCAUGGAAACGGAAAUGGUGGAAGCACAACGGGUACGUAA